AUGUAUUGCUUUUUUUAAACAACCACAAAAACCAAAAGAAAUUAUUUUGAACUUAAUUCCGUCAGUUUAUAAUUGUAUCCUUAAGAACUUUAAGUCUUAAAGGAUCUUGAUGAAUUGAGAAAUAAAAUUAUUUUAGGAAACUUUUAAAUUAUUCCACAAUAUUUAGAAGAAUACAUCAAAAAAUUAGUAUUGAAUUUCAAAUAUCAUUAGAAACCUGUUCUUAACAAAUAUGCACUCUUCAAUCCAUAAUUUACUUAUUAACCAAUCGUAAGUGGUUGUUUAUUGAUAUCACCCCAAGGUAAUAUUUAAUUCUAUAUAUAAGAUUCCCUAGAAGCAUUUGAAACAGAUUAUGUAAUGUUAAUUUACACAUAUUGUUGUGGUAGUUUAUUAGAUGGUUUUGAACAAAUCAAAAAUAUUAGAUAAGCUAUUUUAGACGAAAAAAAUGCGAAUCCCAAUGAUGUAGAUAUUGUUUUAAAAAAAAUCAAAAUUGCGUAUGCUUACCUAAAACACAUUAAAAAUGAUUCAUUAAGUUUACUACCAAAAUUAUCUUCAAGAAAAGUUUUCGAUGUCGAAGAAUUUAGUUCAUAAUUCUUUAUAAGAUAUAGUACAUAUUAUAAUAUAAUGGCUAAUUUAAUUUAUUUUGAAAAAAGGUCAGAAACGAAUUAGGACUAAGAAUUAAUGAAACGAUAAAAUUUAUGUAGCACGAUGUAUAAAUUGUUGCUUUCUAUUGGAAACUUGGGUUCAGAUAGAUUAGGAAUAUAUUUAACUUAUUUAUCAGUAUAUUUGAAAUGUUUAGGAUACAAAUGUAUUGUUGAUAGAUAUCUGUAUAACAUCUAAAAGGAGGAUUAUAGAGAAAAAAGUAUUAUAAAUUUAAUAUAUUUUAAGAUUUUACAAUUAUGAUCUUAGAGUUAUUGUAAUUAUGUCAAGAAUUAAAAUAAAUUUGUUUACUGAUAUUAAAUAAAAAUUUAAAUGAGGAUUACAUAGAUGUGUUCAAAGUAUAGGCAAAGAGAUGGAUUUCAUUUUCAGAUCAUCAAAUUAGGGUGCAUUCAGGAAUAGCAAGAAAUCCAUAGCCAGUUCCACCAAAUGAAACGAUUUUCUUAAAUUCAGGCUAUUUUAAUUGUUUGGAUUGA